AUGCCGAGUAAUCCUGAUGAUCGUGAAAACAAAAAUACUCAAACAAAUGGUACACAAAGCUUUAUUGUGUCUGUUCAACCAACAUCUUCUACAGAAUCAGCAGCCGAAAAUUCUCAAUCAUCUAAACAAUCAUGCAAACAUGAAACGAAGAAAAAGAAGAAUAAAUGUCGAGGCAAUCGUAAACUUCAACGUUACAAAGCAAAACUUCGCAAACGGGGAUUCAAUAAUGAAGCAAUAACAUCAUUGAUCAACAAUUAUAAUCAAGUGAAUCAAGAUCAAAAUGUUGUACAUGAAUCUACUAUUCCAAAUAUAAAUAUAGAACUGCUUGUACCCAUAGAUAAUCAGCGAACAAAUAACCAACAGGAGACUUCUGACAAAGGAAAUAUUCAAGAAAAUGUACGAACAACAAAACGUAAACGUGCAACAAAANUAAUUGUUGAUCAAUGA